GUACACGCUAUGAAAACAUUUUAUUUUUUUACCUUCCGCCCUUUUACCCUUUCUCUUCCGUCUCCAGCCCUCUUUCCGUCGAUUCCCCCUUUCCUCUUUUCUCCACGCUAUUUCUUUUCUUCUCACUCGUUUCUUUUCUUUCUUCUGCACACCCCCUCAACCACCAACGAAAUCCCUACAUACGCCUUACACCCAAUUGCUAAUGGCUCCUCAACCUUAAACUCAUAAGUGAUGAGAAGGGUGGUGAUAAACCAAAUGUCUUUAUGAAAUUGAUGCCAAAUCAUGCUUGAUGAGUGACUGUCAUUAAUAUAUUAUUGCACUUCUAUACUUUGCCACUAAUUAUGAACUCUUGAAGCCUAAUUGUGGUCUUUGGAUAUGGAUAUGGUUCUUACCAAGGUUGUCAAAGUCAUGUGCCUGAGCGCUUAAACGCACCAGGCGCAGCGCUGGAGGCUUCCAUUGCCCUAAACUAGGUGAGUCGCACCUUCCCCUCUGAAGCACAUGUAGGGCGCAAGAAGCGCAGUAGCGCAGAGGCAUUGUUAAGCGCUCGCUUAACACACCUAAGAGGGGAACUUUUAUUUCCGUUAAUUUCACUAACUUUCACACGUGCGCCCAACACAAAACCAGAAACGAAGCCGAUAUUUUUAUCGAAGCCCACGUAAAUAAGGUCAAAACAACUUAACCUACGCUAAACACAUAACGUACACAUCCUCCCGCUCUGCUCUGCUCUAUUGUACCUGUUCGCUACAUCCUCCUUUCCCUCCACAUCAACCGCACCGCAGAAGCUUGCAGCAGUCCAGCACUCAACAAUCAAAGACAUGGAAGGUGGAACUCCAGCCACGGCUUCUGAAGCUGCUAAGUCAACAAGAAAUGACCCAACUUGGAAUCACAACUACUGUGCUGACCCAAACAAUCAAAAUGCAGUAACUUGCAUGUAUUAUGGAAAGGAAACAAAUGGGGGGAUAUACAGGGCAAAACUUCACCAAAUAGGAGGUGAUAGGAAUGCAAAAGCUUGUUUGAAAUGCCCAGAAGAUGUUAAAAAGUUGCUGAAAGACUAUAUGCAAUAAAAAAGGAUGCUAAGAUCAACUACGAUAAACUGCCUGAGCAUCAUGAUUUUGAUGCAUUUUAUGAUCUGGAGGACGAUGACACUGAAGUUGAGGAGCUGGAAACUGAUUCUAGAGGCCACCUUAAAAUAAUUCGUGAUGUACAGAAGGGAAAGGCACCUGUAAAGAAGGGAAAAAACAUAAAAGGGCCUAUGGACGCUUUUAUCCACAAAAGCCAGAAACUGUAGUCGAGCUUCGAAAGCAAGGAAGACUGAAACAGUUGAAGAUUGACGAGAAGUUGGAUAAGCAAAGAAGAGAGGUAGCUAUUCAAUACAUAUGCAACAUGUUUUACCAUAAUGGCAUUCCUUUCAAUGUUGCCCGAUCACAUUCAUUUAAAUGUGUUGUUGAAGCAAUUGGACAAUAUGGUCCAAAUUUGAAGCCUCCUAGCUACCAUGAAGUGAGGGUUACAUGUUUGAAGAAAGAAGUUGCCAACAUGCAGGAUAUGCUAACUGAGCAUAGAACUCUGUGGGUGAAACAUGGUUGUUCAAUUAUGGAAGAUGGUUGGACUAGCACCACAAGUCAGUGUAUUGUGAAUUUCUUAGUUCAUUCUCUGGCUGGGUGUGUGUUUGUCAAAUCUGUGGAUGCCUCUGCAUAUUCAAAGACUGGUGCAAAGGUAUUAGAACUACUUGAUGGAUUUGUUGAGUAUGUAGGAGAUGCUAAUGUGGUCCAAGUGGUUACUGAUAAUGGCCCUAAUUUUAAGUUAGUUGGUAAAUUGUUAGAAACUAAGAGACCAAACAUAUAUUGAACACCAUGUGGUGCGCACUGCAUUGAUCUCAUGCUCGAAGACAUUGGGAAGUUGCCUUUGGUUUUGAAAACUUUAAGACGGGCAAUGAGUUUGACUUGUUUUAUUUAUAACCGUGUGGGAUUGUUGAACUUAAUGAGGAGGUACACAGGGCAAAGAAAUCUGAUCAGACUCGGGAAGACAAGAUUCUGUACUUGCUACCUCACUUUAAAGAGCAUCUACAAGCAAAAAGCUAAUCUUCGGGCUUUGUUCUCCAAGAGUGAAUGGAAUUCUAGCAAGUGGAAAAAAGAGGCGGGUUGAAAACAAGUCGAAGACUGUAUGAUGAAGCCUACAUUCUGGGAUAAUGCUUAUUACAUACUCAAACUUAUGGUCCCUCUUGUGAAAACUCUUCGACUUGUUGACAACGAAAGAAAACCAGCUAUGAGAUACAUCUAUGAGGCUAUGGAUAGAGCCAAAGAAGCCAUAAUAAAAGCUUUUAAUGGAAGAGACGACAACUAUAAAGAAACAUUCAAAAUCAUUGAUUCUAGAUGGCAAGAUCAGCUUCACCAUCCCCUGCACGCAGCUGGCCAUUACCUCAACCCCGCCUCUUUUUAUGCCGAUCCGCAAAUUGAAUUCAAUAGUGAGGUCACAACUGGAGCUAAGGACAUGCUUAAUAAGAAUCAUCCUCCCACCUACUGAGAGAAGUUUGUGCUUCCAUCCUGCAAGCUUAUAAUCAAAUUUGCUUCCACCUACUGAGAGAAGUAUAUUAUCAAAGUGGGAGUUGAGGGUUCAGCCAGUAUGUAUGUUGGCACCCAGAUAAGUGAAAGGAAAAGAGCCACGCUUAAUGUUGAAAGUAUCAUAAACAUUAUUGAAACUGUAACUUUUAGCAUGUUUGGAAAUUAUAUAAAAACUCUUAUCUUUACUGAUCAAUUGCCCAGAAUAAA